GUGAUGGAAUAUAAUAUUUUAUGCAGGAGAAGGGUUUGAAACAGAAAAUGAAAGAUGAUAUUGCAAAAGCAAUUAUUGCAAAGCAUGGUGCCCCACUUUCAAUUUUGGAGCAUGAAGCUAUUCUUUCCAAAAUUAAAUCUGAAGCAGCACAUGCUCAUGCCAAGGUGCUUGAGUCACAAGGCAUGUUCUCAAAGAGGAAUCAAGUGUCAGAUGCUGUUAGAAUAGAACCGAUCUUCAUGGCGCCUAAUGGUCAUUCAUAUUGGAGAUUAAGCUGCUGUUCCAGCAAAUCUGACAUACUACAUCAAGAUAUUGGAAGGGUGGAGGAUCCUCUUACAGUACAUGAGAAAUGGUUUGCUCUGGAUGAUGUAGAAAAGGAAGCGGCUGAAAAUCACAGUUUUCCAUUAAGGGGGAAAGAAGUUAAGAAGAGCUCAUAGGGAUCAGUAUGUACUUCACUGCUGAAACAGGGCUGUCCCUUAGCGUGCCUUUUGUUGUCAUUGUCGAUCUCCUGCUCCACAAUCCUCACAAUCGAGGAAUACAAGACUGAGUUUUAUGUUUCUACCACCAAAAUUUCAGAAGCUGGUAACAAUUUUUAGAAAAGUGGAAGAUGGCAGAAUCUCAUUAACCUUUUGAAUUUAAAGAUGUCGGUUUCUAAUUUUAUAGUUAUAGUAGAUAUUAGAAGCUGCUGGUGUGGGGGCAGACUGCUUAUAUUUUUCAGUUAUUAGACCUUUCAUUCUUGGCAUGCUUUCUAUCAAAUUUGAUCAAACUAUUUAGACUUUCAUGUAACAGUAAAAUUAAGCAUGUUUGUUCCAUUCUGUAGUCGGUACCUUAAUGACAUGUUUGGUGGAGCUGUGGAGGAUGAGUAUCAUUGAAUAGUAUCAAGGAAGAAAAAUAUGUUAAAAUUUU